AUGUCCCGGCACCACAGCCGCUUCGAAAGAGAUUACCGGGUGGGCUGGGACCGCCGCGAGUGGAGUGCCAACGGGACGCAUGGGACCACCAGCAUCUGCAAUGCCACAGCCGGGGCCGGUGGCGGCACGGCCAGCAGCCUCAGUGCCCGGCCCGGCCUCCUGCCGCUGCCUGGGGUGCCCUCUCGGCUGCCCACACCUGCCACGGCCCCGGCUCCCUGCACUACGGGCAGUGGCGAGGCCAUCACCAGCCUCGUGGCCAGCUCGGCCUCCACCGUCACCACCAAGGCCCCUGGAAUCUCCAAAGCGGACAAUCAGUCCCAGGGACUCACGACCAGCAUCCGGUGGGGGCAGACGCCCAUCAAUCAGUCCACGCCCUGGGACACUGAUGAGCCACCCUCCAAACAGAUGAGGGAGAGCGACAAUCCAGGCACAGGGCCAUGGGUGACCACGGUGGCCGCCGGGAGCCAGCCUGCCCUGAUCGCACACUCCUAUGGAGUGACCCAGCCUCCCACCUUCAGCCCGGCUGUGAACGUCCAGGCCCCAGUCAUUGGGGUGACGCCCUCACUGCCUCCCCACGUGGGGCCCCAGCUCCCGCUGAUGCCAGGCCACUACUCGCUCCCACAGGCACCCUCUCAGCCACUGAGCAGCGUGGUGGUCAACAUGCCCGCCCAGGCCCUGUAUGCCAGCCCGCAGCCCCUGGCCAUGUCCACACUGCCUGGCGUGGGGCAGGUGGGCCGCCCAGGACCCACUGCCGUGGGCAACGGCCACAUGGCGGGGCCCCUGCUGCCUCCACCACCACCAGCCCAGCCGUCUGCCACCCUCCCCAGCGGUGCCCCUGCCACCAAUGGGCCCCCCACAACUGACUCAGCCCACGGGCUACAGAUGCUGCGGACCAUUGGCGUGGGGAAGUAUGAGUUCACCGACCCUGGGCACCCCAAAGAAAUGUUGAAGGAAUUGAACCAGCAGCGCAGAGCGAAAGCGUUUACAGACCUGAAAAUUGUUGUUGAAGGCAGAGAGUUUGAAGUCCACCAAAAUGUUCUAGCUUCCUGCAGCUUGUAUUUCAAGGACCUGAUUCAAAGGUCGGUGCAAGAUGGCAGCCAGUGCGGCCGGGAGAAGCUGGAGCUCGUCCUGUCCAACCUGCAGGCCGACGUCCUCGAGCUGCUGCUGGAGUUCGUCUACACGGGCUCACUGGUCAUCGACUCAGCCAACGCCAAGACGCUGCUGGAGGCGGCCAGCAAGUUCCAGUUCCACACCUUCUGCAAAGUCUGUGUGUCCUUUCUCGAGAAGCAGCUGACGGCCAGCAACUGCCUGGGGGUACUGGCCAUGGCUGAGGCCAUGCAGUGCAGCGAGCUCUACCACAUGGCCAAGGCCUUCGCGCUGCAGAUCUUCCCUGAGGUGGCAGCCCAGGAGGAGAUCCUCAGCAUCUCCAAGGAUGACUUCAUCGCCUACAUUUCCAAUGACAGCCUCAACACCAAGGCCGAGGAGCUCGUAUAUGAGACUGUCAUCAAGUGGAUCAAGAAGGACCCCGUGGCCCGUGCACAGUACGCAGCGGAGCUCCUGGCCGUGGUCCGCCUCCCCUUCAUCCACCCCAGCUAUCUACUCAACGUGGUGGACAACGAGGAACUGAUCAAGUCGUCAGAAGCAUGUCGGGACCUGGUCAACGAAGCCAAGCGCUACCACAUGCUGCCCCACGCCCGCCAGGAGAUGCAGACGCCCCGAACCCGGCCCCGCCUCUCAGCAGGUGUGGCGGAGGUCAUCGUCCUGGUUGGGGGCCGUCAGAUGGUGGGGAUGACCCAGCGCUCCCUGGUGGCCGUCACCUGCUGGAACCCGCAGAACAACAAGUGGUACCCCCUGGCCUCGCUGCCUUUCUAUGACCGAGAGUUCUUCAGCGUAGUGAGUGCCGGGGACAACAUCUACCUCUCAGGUGGCAUGGAAUCGGGGGUGACGCUGGCCGAUGUCUGGUGCUACAUGUCCCUGCUCGAUAACUGGAACCUUGUCUCCAGAAUGACGGUCCCCCGCUGUCGGCACAAUAGCCUCGUCUACGACGGCAAGAUUUACACCCUCGGGGGACUGGGCGUGGCAGGCAACGUGGACCACGUGGAGAGGUACGACACCAUUACCAACCAGUGGGAGGCUGUGGCCCCUCUGCCCAAGGCAGUGCACUCUGCAGCAGCUACGGUGUGUGGCGGCAAGAUCUACGUGUUUGGUGGUGUGAACGAGGCCGGCAGGGCUGCAGGGGUCCUACAGUCUUACGUUCCACAGACCAACACAUGGAGCUUUAUCGAGUCGCCGAUGAUUGACAACAAGUACGCUCCCGCCGUCACCCUCAAUGGCUUCGUUUUCAUCCUGGGCGGGGCGUAUGCCAGAGCCACCACCAUCUACGACCCUGAGAAAGGGAACAUUAAGGCAGGCCCAAACAUGAAUCACUCUCGCCAGUUCUGCAGCGCCGUGGUACUUGACGGCAAGAUUUAUGCCACUGGGGGCAUUGUCAGCAGUGAGGGGCCUGCCCUGGGCAAUAUGGAAGCCUACGAGCCCGCGACCAACACGUGGACCCUCCUACCCCACAUGCCCUGCCCCGUGUUCAGACACGGCUGCGUCGUGAUAAAGAAAUAUAUUCAAAGCGGCUGACGUCGGCAGAAAGCCCACGAUGAGACUGGACAAGUCUGGUGAGGCAGAUGCCACUCACAGUGAUCAAUGUUCAGCAACACCCGCAGGAGGCUGAUAGACACA